UACAAAAAGCAGCAGCUCUGUACGUGUUAGCUGUUUUGUUUAAUUUUUGGAUGUUGUUUUUUGUUGUUUGUUUUACUUUUUUCUUGUUGCAUCAGGGCUGUGGCUUUUGAAUGCAAACCUCCUCUGCCUCAAUGAAGCCCUCUCUACUGCAGUUUGUUUUACUUGUUGUCAAUGUGCUGUCUUAUUCAUCGGUGUUAAGCAUUUCUCUUUCCAGUUUUUAUGUCUCUCAUCCGGCCGCAAACCUCUCUGUCUAUGACGACACAAGUACAGAUUCGAACUCAGAAGAGAGUGCCUUUCAGAAGUUUCGGGAAGACUUUAGCCGGAGUUAUGAACCUGGCAGUGCUGAGUUUUCCAUCAGGUUCAAAACAUUUAAGAAAAGCAUUGGAAGACAUGUAUAUUUGAAUUCUUUUUCACGGAGUUCCAGUAAUAAUUCUGCCAAGUAUGGCGUGACUGAGUUUUCUGAUUUAUCUCCAGAUGAAUUCAGGGAAAGAUAUCUAGGUGGCAGACACGUGCAGCUUCCGAAAUACACCAAGUUGAAGGAAGACACUCUUAACAUUCCCCUGGCACCCAAAUUUGACUGGAGAGAGAAAAAUGUUGUUACUCCUGUACAAAGUCAACAAUCAUGUGGUGGCUGCUGGGCGUUCAGUGUUGUUGGGGGUAUAGAAUCGGUUUAUGCAAUCCAAGGAAAUGCCCUGGAGGAGCUCAGUGUUCAGCAAGUCAUUGAUUGUUCCUACAAGAACCAGGGGUGCAAUGGUGGCUCAACAGUUGGUGCUUUAAGCUGGCUGAAUCAGACACAAGAGAAAAUAGUGAAAACAUCAGAAUACCCGUUUAAGGCAUUAACAGGAGUGUGUCAUUUCUUUCCCAAAUCUGCGUUUGGUGUUUCAAUUAAAGGUUAUGAAGCAUAUGACUUCAGUGGCCAAGAAGAGAAAAUGAUGGAGAAACUUGUGCAAUGGGGGCCCCUGGUAGUAACAGUAGAUGCAGUGAGUUGGCAGGACUAUCUCGGGGGUGUUAUACAGCAUCACUGCUCCAGUCAGGAGGCUAAUCAUGCUGUCCUUAUUACAGGAUUCGACAGAACAGGAGAAGUACCAUACUGGAUAGUGCGGAACUCAUGGGGAACAUCGUGGGGAAAUGAAGGCUAUGUGUACAUUGAAAUUGGAGGAAAUAUUUGUGGCAUUGCUGAUUCUGUGUCUGCUGCAUUUGUGUGAGUGGACUUCCCUUCAAAACCUUAUACAGUUUUACAGUUUCAAUAUUACCAUAAAUAAAUCUCAGUACAGAUAAAUCAGUAACUCCUGGAUUAAACUAAAUACUGACUUCCAAGUGCAUCUGUAGUUGAAAAGUUGUGGCACCUGUCUUGCAGAUAUUGAUAAUGUGCUUUUAAUACAGUUGUUUUGUUUUCCUGGAUUAAUAAAGUGUAUGUCCAAGCUG